AUGUUGACCUCUGCAGCAAUCGCCCUCACUGCCGUUGCGCCUCUGGUAGCCGGCCAGAACACUGAGACGGUCCUUGGUGUAUAUAUGUUCCACCGUCAUGGCGACAGGACAGCAAAGUCUACGCCGCCGGCCAACUUGACCGAUCUAGGAUACAGCCAAGUCUACACAUCAGGACAGUACUACCGAAACCGCUACAUUGCUUCCAACGCAAGCCUACAGAUCAAUGGCAUCAACUCCGAUAUCGUCAAGCAGAGUCAGAUUGCUGUCAGCGCACCGGAUGAUACAGUCUUGCAGAACUCCGCAAUGGGCUUCUUGCAAGGGUUGUACCCUCCAGUUGGCGAGAGUCUGGGCACUGCAACCCUCCGCGACGGCACCAACGUGACUGCGCCAAUGAACGGCUACCAGCUCAUCCCGGUCGACCAAGUCAGCCAUGGCACCGGCAGCGAAGACAGCGGCUGGCUUCAAAGCACGUCCAACUGUGCCAAAGCCUCAAUUAGCUCGAACGAGUACUUCUCCAGCGCAGAGUACCUCAACGACCUCGAUCACACUCGCGACUUCUACCAAAGUCUCCUCCCCGUGGUCAACGCGACCUUCGACGAGAGCGAAGACACUUUCAAGAAUGCAUACACCAUCUACGACCUCAUCAACGUAGCCACGAUCCACAACCGCACGAUCCCUUCCUCCGAUCUCCUCACGCCGGAUACGCUACGCCAACUCCGCACCCUCGCCGAUACCCACGAAUGGAACCUCGCAUUCAAUGCUUCGGACAACAUGCGCGCCAUCGCCGGCAAAACCCUCGCAGCCCAAGUAGUCCAAUUCCUCAACGGCACAAUCACCGGUCAAGGAAAACAAAAGAUCGGAGUCCAAUUCGGCGCAUACGCGACGUGCGCUUCGUUCUUCGGGCUUGUGGACUUGCCGGCUGCGGAUAAGGACUUCUAUGGCGUGGCGGACUAUGCUAGUGCCAUGACGUUUGAGCUGUUCACGAAUUCUUCAACCGCUGUUAGCGCGACGAGUUACCCGACUGCGGAGGAGAUGUACGUCCGCUUCCUCUUCCACAAUGGCACGACGAAUAGCUCCUCUGAGCCUACGGCGUAUCCGCUCUUCGGCACACAGCAGGAGACCAUCAGCUGGAAGGAUUUUGCGAACGAGAUGGGCAAGUUUGCGAUUGGGGAUACGAAGGAUUGGUGCAAUGCUUGUGGGAACUUUACGGGUACUUGUGCGGCUUAUGCCCCUGAUAGUGCUUCCACAAGCCAGACUGGUGAAGGUGGAAGCGGAAGUGGUAAUGGCUUGAGCCCGGUUGUCAAUGGUGUUAUUGGAGCUAUGGUUACGUUGGCGGUUGUGCUGGGACUGGAGGCGUUGGUGCUCGCGCUUGGUGGGCUCAGGGUGGUGAGGAAGACGAGGGCGCGGAGUCCUGUGGGGAGUAUGGUGGAGAGUGGUGCUGGGAAGGCUUGA